AAGAAUUUGGUUUUACUAGGUCAGCAAUGGGCAGCAACAACAACAGAAGGCUUACUUGUUUACUCAUUGGAUAGUAGCUUAACUUUUGACCCAUUUGAAUUGUCUGUUAAUGUCACACCUGAUGCUGUUUUGAAGCAACUACAUGAGGGACAGUGGUCUGCUGCCCUCAUGUUGUGUUUUCGCCUCAAUGAGGUCAACCUUAUUCAACAUGUAGUAGAGAGCAUUCCUGUUUCCCAAGUUAAUAUUGUAUGUCAAGGCUUAGCAAAUGUUUACAUCCGAAAAUUACUAGCUUUUUUAGCAAGUGAGCUAGAGAGGACGCGUCAUGUUGAAUUUUAUCUUUGUUGGUGUGAGACGUUGCUGUUGGAGCAUGGGCCGAGUCUUAAGGUGCAGUCUAGUUCUAUGAUGGCACUUCUUAGAACACUCCAGAAAAGUAUCACCAAGCGGCGAGAAGACCUCAGUAAAUUGUAUGUUUUACACUUUUAAUUAUCAUAU